CCCUCUCUCUCUCUCUCUCUACACCCUAAAAUUCUCUGCAACAUUUUUCUCUGCAAAAAUGGCAAACGCAGCAUCUGGGAUGGCUGUGCAUGAUGACUGCAAGUUGAAGUUCUUAGACUUGAAGGCAAAACGAACUUACCGCUUCAUAGUUUACAAGAUUGAGGAGAAGCAAAAGCAGGUUGUGGUGGAAAAGCUUGGUGAACCAAGUCAGAGCUAUGAGGAUUUCUCUGCCUGCCUCCCUGCUGAUGAAUGCCGAUACGCUGUCUAUGACUUUGAUUAUGUGACAGAAGAGAACUGCCAGAAGAGCCGCAUUAUUUUCAUUGCUUGGUCCCCUGACAUAUCAAGGGUGAGAAGCAAGAUGAUUUAUGCCAGUUCAAAGGACAGGUUCAAGAGAGAGUUGGAUGGCAUUCAGGUUGAGUUGCAAGCUACUGACCCUACUGAGAUGGGGCUUGAUGUGAUUAGAAGCCGCGCUAAUUAAAUUAAAGCAUUGGCAAUGCAAUUUGGAGGGUCCUCUACACCAUCUGGUCUAUUAUGCGACAUGUUUAUAGCCUAUGGACAUGGAUUGUCUUUACUAUUGUAUUCGGUUGGUGACAUAAUUUGUAAUCUGUGGAUGAUUGGUACCUCAUUUUGGUGUGAAAUACAUACUUAUGGCCAAUUUCCCAAUUGCA